UAAAAAAUGCGCCGGAUCCAACCAUUUGUCUUGUGAAUAUUCCUUUGUUUGGAUGUGUAAUCUAUUUUCUGGUAUCAAUUCAUCCAUCAUAUGAAUUAGAUUAAAGGAUUCAAUAACAACGGUCUGCAACAGUGGUCUCCAAAUUGUGGUUCUUUCUUUGCAUGUUUAUCCAAUUUUCAAGAAAUUGACACAGCUACUCUCUCUUAACAUCUAGCAACAAUCAAUUGUCUUACUCAUUUCCUCUAUAUAAAUGUUGCAGAUACAAACUCUGUUCAGUACAAUAACUAACAUCUAACUCCAGCUUUAUUUUUCUGAAUUAUAUCAUACCAAUACAAUGAAGCAAAAGGUGGUGAUCAGGGUGGACAUGUCUGAUCCCAAGAAGUCUCGGGCUAAGGCCAUGAAGAUUGCAGCCACUUUUUCUGGAGUAGAAUCAGUAGCAAUAAAAGGAGACGACAAGGAUAAAUUAGAGGUGAUCGGAGAAGAAAUAGACACGGUUGUACUGGCCAAAUUGUUGAGGAAGAGCGUGGGGCGUGCAGAUUUGGUUAGUAUUGGUCCGGUUAAAGAUGACAAGAAAGACAAGAAAGAUGAAGUGAAGAUCAAGCCUAAGCUCCAGGGUUAUGGUUCAAAUUACCCUUACAAUUACUAUUACUGUGAACCGGUUCCUAGUUACCAACAUGUUUACGAGACGAGAGACUCCUACAAUGAUCCCAACUGCUCCAUCAUGUGAUCAGCUCAUGAUCAUCUGUAGU